CGGUCAUAUUUGUACGGGGCAACGGAGAACUACAGCAGCGGCAGCGAUGGCGACAAGUGAUGGACGCGAUUAUUUUCAGAGAGCACGUCUCUUCUGGAUGGUCACCGUAUCAGUGGCGCUGAUAUAUUUCGCUUGCACAGUGUUUGCACCAGAUGUAGUCCCAUUUGAGCUCCUUGGUCCAUUUGGCACCUUCUCCAAAAACCUUGCGUAUAACCAUCCUGACCUACUGUACAAAGGGUGGUGGUUGACCUGUGCUAUUCAUCUUUGUGAGGCCCUGGUUGCACUGAAGUUGUGCAGUAACAAAGGCAUCAAGGACAUGUCCACUCGGUGCCUGUGGUUUAUCCAGACCUUUCUGUUCGGCUUCGCCUCCCUCCACCUGCUAAUUAAGUACGACCCAGAGCGUUCCAAGCAGGACUGACCUUACCAGGAGAGGCCUACAGAACAACACAUCUGAGCCUAGAGACCCCUUCUUGGGCCCUCAAGUCUUUCCACUGUUCACUUUGAUUAUAAGAUCCUGCUGGAGAGCAUGAAAUGGAGCAAUACUCCUGAGCAGUUUCUUUAAUAGUGUCUUUUAAAAUAAUUCUAAAGACAUGGUGCAGUACAGGUGGGUUGGUUUUUUGGGGGGGGGUUCCCUCUUUUCUCUGCUGCUUGGAUGAACGUGAUGCCUGACAGGUUUGCUGCAGAUGGUAUUUUGCCAUAAUCCUCAAAAGUGCUCUUGGAUUAUAUGAAGAGGGGAGAUGCUGUUAAAUUUGCCUUUCUCAGAUUAAAGUGCUGUGAUUCAUAGUCUUAAUGUUGACACUACAAAAUGAAGGAUGAGUGAACUGAA